AUGGGGCGUGUGCCUGCUUCUGACGAUUUUCGUCGGGAUGUUGUGAAGGCCUAUUCAGGGCCUUUAUUUGCCACCACCUUUGAUUUUGGGGUUCUGUGGAAUAAGGUAGACAGCGUUUGCAAUAAGAUUCUUGGUUGGACGGACUCGCCGGAGUUUAGGGGGCAGACAGUCAUUCAACAAGUGGUUCGUGCUUAUACAAUUGUUUAUAGGUUGGUUUCGGCUCCCUGUUUAGAUUGUCCCAAGUUAGUUCGUGGCACGAAUGCUCAGCAGGACACCAUUGGUGGAGGAAGCGAGGGGACACAGGCACUUGUCGUGUAUUAUUUAUUAAGGGAAACAAUACGCAAAAGGUUAUCUUCCGUGGUUACCCAUCGACUCAAAAUGUCUCUUACUGCUGAGCCUCCAACCCUGUUGCAAGUGUACUUGACUGAAUGGAGAACCUUUAUUAUCGCGGUGAAUCAUCUAAAAGUGGUAUUUUCCUAUCUUCACAGUCCCUGGCAAAAACACGAAUUGCCUUCAGAACAACCCCUUUUGCCAACAGAAGUUGUUGCAUUGGUUCAAUGGAGUGAUAUAAUAAUGUCUCCGGAAAUAUGUGAGGGUUUGGCCGAGCAGAUAUUCAAUCUAAUUUCACGUGACAGGCUUCAUCGAUUAGACGAAGGAUCUACUAGUCUUGUACGAGAUAUUUCACAUUCUCUGGCAAUGUUGAAUGAUCCACGGCACACAGCAUAUUCUUCUUUAAUUGAGGAAUCUUAUCUUGUGCACCUUCAACGCUUUUACAAGGAAAACAUCAAUGUUUUAAAGGCAGGUGGCAUUUUGUCAUAUAUAGAACGAUCCCUUAUUAUAUUUGAAGAUGAAAUGGAACGUGUAAAUCGAAUUUUAAACAAAUGCACAAUGCUCCCAAUGUUACAACGCUUGUCGGAUGUUCUUAUUGAUUCUGAAAUCCCGUACAUAAAGUCUUAUUUACCUACAUGGAUACUCAAUGACCGUGGUUAUUUUUUGAACAAGAUGUAUCAAUUACUGUCAAAAAAUUCUACAGGUUUAUUGGUGCUUAAAGAAAUAUUUGAGAAAUGUGUUUUUGAAAAAGGAGUGGAGGAUAUCAGUCGAAUUUGCGAGGAAAGCAUUAGAGCUAAUGAAAAUGUCUACAAGGCUGUUCUUGAGGGGAUCAUAUCAGUGCAUACCUAUUUUUUAAGAGUAAGUGAAUCGUUUGAGGGUAAUGAAGUUCUUGAAAAGGCGAUGCUUUCUGGACUUGAGAAAAUUUUGACAACUCUUACUUACGUGAAGAGUUAUCAUAUUUUGGGGGAAGAAUUGGCUCGUUUUGCACACACGAAAUUAAAAUCUAACGAAUCGAAGGAGCAAUGCGAAGGUAUUUUGAGGGAAAUAGUGACCGUGUUUCAGCUUUUGCCGUCAAAGAGUUCUUUUCUGGAAUCAUAUCCGAAAUUUUUGUCCGUUAGGCUUUUGUUUGAACCUUAUUCUGAGGAACAAGAACGUUUUGCUAUUCGGACAAUAUCACAAGCGACUGAAUGUACCUCUGAUUUUGUAUACCGAUGCGAGGUGAUGUUGAUGGAUGUCACAGAAAAUAGUGUCUCACUACGUGAUAUGUUUGACACAAAAUAUGGGAAUAGCCAUAAUAAAUCUUCGGAAUGGUUGUUUCAACCUAGUGUUCUCACAAGCUAUUCAUGGCCAGAUGCUUCUUGUGACGUGAAUCUUCCAACGCCAAGCAUUUUAUUACCCAAGAUGCGUGAGUUUCAGUUGUUUUAUUCGCAAGUUCGUCCAAAGCGUCAUAUCUCUUUUGUUUCACGAUGUUCCCGUGGCGUGGUAAGAAUGAAUUUGCCUAGGGAUUCUCGUGUACCGAGUAUAGAUUUGUGUGUGGGACAGUCACAACUAUUACUUGCUGAAUGCUUUAAUAAUCGAACAGAUUGGUCAAUUGGAAACUUAUUACAGACAAUGGAGUUAACGAACAAUGAAAUUUUCUUACGUUCUUUGAAUGCUUUUGCGGGUUGCGGCAUCCUCGAGGUUUAUGAUGAGGGUGGACCAGUUGAUCUUCCUCUGCGAUCGGUAAUGGCAGGAAAAUAUGUUCGUCUUGGUUCAAAUCCAGAUACAAGAAAAAGGAAGUUGAAUCUUUUUCCUUGUGAUUGGGAAGGAGGUUUUCAGAUUGCGACAGUAUCUUCUAAUGAUUUUGUUAGUGAUCCUGUAGAUGCUUCUCACCACAUGGUAGAUCAGUUGAAAGCUCCCGCGGUUCAGGCGACACUCGUUCGUGUGUUUAAGGCCAGUGGUACUCUUUCUUUUUAUGAGCUUAUGGAGAAGGUCAAGGAUGAGUCUCUUCAAAAAUUUAUGCCUUCCGUUCAACAGGUAAAGGUUGCGUUAGAGUUCCUUAUAAGCCGUGGUUUCGUAAUCAGAGAUAAUUCCAACGGGGGAACCUUUUCAUACAUUUGCUGA